GCUCAACUUCCUUUCACAAAACCCUUCAGCCAUUCACACUCUCAAUCUUUCAUCCCUCCAAUUUCUCACAAAAUCCUCUCUCUCGUCGGACUUCCAUCGACACAGAAAGUAAUCGAAGCAACUCUCCAACUUCUGAAGCCCAAACCAUUUGCUGGAGCUAAUGUGUUCGUCUCUCGUAAUCUUGUCGCUUCGGAGAUGUUCGAUCCUUUUCACGACGCUCUCAAGCAGAAUGGGGCUGAGGUUUUCCUCUGUUGCGAUCCCUCUCAAAACGCCCCUAACGACUAUCAUGUUAUCUCCUCCGCCGAUCACGCAAAGUUCGAGGAUCUUCGCGCCAAGGGAUGCAACUUGUUAGGUCCUCAGUGCGUGAUGUCAUGUGCAAAAGAGCACAGACCUCUUCCUCAACAGGGUUAUACUUGCUGCCUUGCCAUGGAUGGUGUGAAAAUCUUGGCAUCCGGUUUUCAGGAAGAUGAAAAGGUUGAGAUAGGGAAGUUAGUUAGUGCAAUGGGGGGAGUAUUGCAUACGAAAGCAUCACUAGAUGUCAGUUUUGUUAUCGUGAAGAAUGCUUUGGCUGCGAAAUACAAGUGGGCACUAAACAUUUCAAAGAAACCAAUCGUGUCAUUUUCUUGGUUACAACAAUGCUGGAUUGAACAUCGUGUUGUGCCUCAGGAGGGAUAUCGGGUCCUUCCAUUUUCUGGAUUGAAUAUUUCGGUAUCUGGAAUUCCUGCAGGUGAGCUCAAGGAGAUGGCAAAGCUUAUCUUGCAAAAUGGUGGAAGAUAUUCUGCCGAUCUCACAAGAAAGUGUACACAUUUGAUAUGUGAUGCUCCUGAAGGUGACAAGUACAAGGUUGCACGAACGUGGGGCCGUAUCAAUAUUGUUACUUGGAAAUGGUUUGAUCAGUCCAUAGCCAGAAAAGGAUGUCUUAAUGAGGAUUUGUACCGUGUUGGUAGCGUUUCUGGAACUUAAAAUAAAUUGACAAGGGUUUGCUUGACUGCUCACAAUGGCCAAGAAAAGGUUAUUGUGAACUCAGCUGUACCGUCCUCAUUUCUUGCCGAUUCAAAAUUCACAGCAGUUGCUGGUCCUUGGUUUUCAGACAUGGAUGUUGAAGUUACUCUUUCACAGAGCACGCCUAUGUUUUCAGAUGCUUCUCAUUUUAUAAAUGAGGUUGAUGUUGAAGUGCCAGUCGCGAUGGGAAGGAAUGAAGAAAACACUGUUAAUUACCUUGCAAAUGACUUUCCGUCUGAAGAAAACGACCUAUAUUUGUCAGCAUGUAGAAUAAAAGUUGUUGGGUUUGAAGCUUCUGAGAUGCAGAAGAUUGUAAAUAUGAUUCUCAGAGGUGGAGGCUUCCGAUACAUGUUGUUCAAUGACAAAUUAACACACAUAAUAGACUGGCUUGAAGAUUGUGAUCGUCAGAAGAAGGAGAUCCCUAUUCUUGGUAGACACAUGGCAUAUGAUGAACUUAUUCCUAAAGCAUCUAGUAAAAUGAGCACCAUUGUUAUGGAUCGGAAUAAAGUUCCAAAUGUUCAUCCAAUCGUGCCAUCAAAUGUGUCAGAAGGAAAUAUUCAUGUUAACAUUGGAAAGACGUCAAUAGCAGUGGAAAGAAUUGAAGAAAAAAGUGAAUGGAGACAGGAAAAUGAAAUUAUCCCAGAAAAGCCAACAAUGUGUAGCAAAUGGUACAAACAAGAGUCAAGAAAAGAUGGGGCGAGAGCUGAAAUUGUUGAAUGGAUAAAUCAAGGGGGAGGCGAGGUUGUUGAAGAUCACAUGAAGCAGAAAGUGCACUUCACUGUUGAAUGUCAUGGUGGGAUACCAAGGAGUACAGACGUUCAUAGUACUUACGUGUCAAGUCAUUGGGUUCAAUCAUGUUUAGAGGAUGGAUGUUUGUGGGAUACCAAUGGGCACAUUCUCUAUUCUCCUCUUCCUUGUUGUGUCCCUUUGCCUGGAUUUGAAAACAUACGGUUUUGUGUUUCACAAUAUGAUGAUAAAGACAGAGUAUUGUUAAGAAAUCUGUGUUUUGUACUUGGGGCCAAGUUUGUGGAGAAGCUGACAAAGAAGGUAACCCAUCUAAUAUGCAAGUUCACGGAUGGGACAAAGUAUGAGGCUGCUUGUAAAUGGGGGAAACAAUGCAUUACAGCUGAAUGGAUAUAUGAGUGUGUCAGACAAAGAAAGAUUGUUUCUCUUGAUUUGUAUCGCCCAAAAGAAGUUACAGCUCAAGACAGAGUGACAUGCUUGUGCACUGUCAGCCAAUUUCCUACUCAAGCUGCCCCAAUGAUAGCCAAUGAAAGCGUAUCCCAGUUUCCUAUCCAUUCUGCCAUUCUGAGAGACCAAUCAGCUGGAACUAACAGUAGCUCUAUAGGAGCAGCUGAACGAAUAAGUUCUACUAAAAGAAGGCGCAAGUUAUUUGACGAAGCCAUACAAAAGCGUUCAGUUUUUGUUGGAAACAGUUCCACUCAAUCUGACUGCAAUUUGAAUUCCACAAAACAAACUACAUCAAAAUCUUCUGUAGUAACUUCACACGUUCCUGAUGUCGCUUCCGCAAUCGAGGACUUGUUGGAGCAGACAACUAAGAUUCAAGAUCAGAAGUCACCUGGAAAGACUGGCUGCGACAAAAGUGUAUCCUUCUAUUAGGUUUAAACUAACUAGUGGACAUGGCCAUUCUUAGCUCUUACAUCCAAAGCAGUUAGUCGUACGAGGACAAUUUCUUUUUCUUUGUCUGUUUUACUGAGUCAAAAGCAGCCUUUAGGUUUCAUUAUUACAUUCUGGUGGAGCGAGAGAAAGAACAGAAUCGUCAAAGGGUGUGAGAGUCCUUAUUGCGAUGUUUGAUCCCUUACUGAAUUCUUUGUUUCUUCUGGGACAUUUGUUUUGUUAUUAUUUGCUAGACCUUAUCUCUUUAUUGGAGCCUUUUUUGCACUUUGGUUCU